AUGGUCAUUGAACUCUUCUACUUUUGGCGAGGUGCAGACCUCAACUUCAACACCACUCCUAGACACACACACACACACACACAUACACAACAAGCUACAUACACAGAAGAAGAAGAAGAAGUUGAAAAGACAUCAAGCUCCAAACCGAGGCUUGCGAAGCUCAUCACGUCGCAAAGCAUCGCCCCCGUCUUCAAAAAGGGCUGUGACUCUCCCAUCAAAGACAUAUUCGACGUUUUCCCAAGAUUCGUCAUCGCCUACUGCUCAAUCUCUCCCUCCCCAAUCGUACACGAGGCGUCGAGCCCCCUCCAAGGCAAAACCGCGCGCAACAUGUCCGACUUUCGCUCCCCCAUCGACACCUCUGUGCCGUCACUGUCGCUCCAGAUGCCGCAGAUGACGACGCAGCAGCACAGGCGAGACUAUUCAGGGUCCAUUACACUAGACGACCCUACGCUUGGCCGACCAGCUUCCGGCGAUGCUGCUACCAUGCAAGAAGGCGCCGAAACCGAUCCAAGGCUCAGCGAGGGCAUGGCGACGCUUCACCUGGGGACUGGUGCGGACCAGCCCAGCCCUCCGCCCCCGACUGAUCCAGCCGUGUUGAAGUUGGUUGUCGAGGUGCUGGCAUCCGAGCAAGGUAUUCCCGCGCUGCUGCAGCGCUUGAAGCAGAGCAUAGCUUCCGCAAAACACCACGGGGCUGAGACAACAGAAGCGAAGACGAAGCUGACGUCUAAUCAGGAAUUCGGCACCUUUCUCAAAAAACGAGCCGGCCUGGAAGACGACAGUGCUCAGACCCUCAAGAAGCUGGCGCGCGCCACCCAGGAUAACAUACGGCGACCCGAACAGCGCGGAGGCACAUUCGUCCACGUCUACGAGGAAAUGGUCCAUAUUCACGAGCGCAUGGCUGAUAAUGGCAUCCAGUUUGCCGCCACACUUCUCCAAAUGAACGAAGAGCUCCUCGAGGCCGCCGGAAACGCUGAGCGCAACCGCAAGGUCUGGAAGGCCAACGGCCUGGCCGCUGAGCAAAAAGUCGUCGACCUUGAAGCCGCCAUGCGCAAGAGCAAAGCAAAGUACGACUCUCUGGCUGAAGAAUAUGAUCGCGCCAGGACGGGCGAGAGCAGGCCCGGCGGCGGCAAGGUCUUGGGCGCAUUCAAGGCGCACAAGUCAGCCGCCCAACAAGAGGAGGAGCUCCUGAAGAAGGUCCAGACCGCAGACCAGAUAUACCACAGCGCCGUCACCAGUCUUCAGUCCGAAAAGGCCCAGCUCCAGACCACGACCCGCCCCGAGAUCGUCAAGUCAUUACAAGAGGCUAUCCGCGAGAUUGAUUCCGCCGUUGGGAUGCAAAUGCAAAGAUUCGCUUUGAACAACGAGAACCUGCUGCUAGGCAACGGUCUUGUCAUCAGUCCCUUCAGGAACGCAGCUUCCAUCGGCCCCAACCAACCCCGAAGCAUGAGAUAUGCCAUUGCAUCCAUCAGCAUCGACAAGGACCUGGAUGAGUUCGUAGCAGGAUAUCACUCCAAGGUCCAGCCAAACCCCGGCGAGAUCAAAUAUGAACGCAAUCCGGUCCUUGGUUCAGCUCCCAGCGCCAUGGGCCACUCAUCAUUGCCCUCUGUUUCCCACACUUCUAAGCCUUCCAUUAGCCAGGCUGCUCCUCAAGGAGGAUAUCAACAAUCCCCACAGUCCUUUUCAGUCAACUCAAGAACAGGCCAUAGCAAUAGCUUUAGCAGUUCGACACCAGGCGGCCCAGGUCUCCAGGGACCAGGGCCAGGAACCAUUGUGCCAGCGGCUGCUUCAACUCCCACCAGUGCAGAGCCCCUAAAGUCGUUCCAUCAGCCCAACCACAGCCGAACCUUUAGCCAAGGUAACAUGCUGAACUCUCCCGUCAGCCCUCCAUCUCAGCAGUACGGUGCAGGUCCAGCACCAGGAGCUCCUCGAUUCCCCAAUGGCGGUCCCACCACCACCGGCCCGCCUCAACUCGGGGCGCUUCCCUUCCAAGAUAACGAAGGCCCAUCAACCAAGAGCGCUUCACCUCCUCAGUUGGGACUUCCCUACCAGCCUCCUGGGCCAAGCGCUCCCCCGGCAUACAGUGCCCCCAACCAUGGCCCCCCAGCCUCCAAGCCAGUGUUUGGCGUUCAUCUCGGCCGCCUUUAUGAGAGGGACGGCCUUGCUGUCCCUAUGGUUGUGUAUCAGUGCAUCCAGGCUGUUGACUUAUUUGGUCUCGGGGUAGAAGGCAUCUACCGUCAAUCUGGGUCGUUGAAUCACAUCAAUAGACUGAAAACCAUGUUCGAUUCUGAAUCCCAGGCACAAGCUCUUGAUUUCAGAAAUCCGGAGAACUUCUUUCACGAUGUCAACAGCGUUACGGGCCUGUUGAAGCAGUUCUUCCGUGACCUCCCCGACCCCUUGUUCACGACAGAACACCACAGCAGCUUUAUCAACGCAGCGAAAAACGAAGACGAGAUUGUUCGACGAGACUCACUCCACGCCAUCAUCAACAGCCUCCCCGACCCCAACUACGCCACCCUGCGCGCCCUAAUGCUUCACCUACACCGCGUCAUUGACAAUUCUCACGUCAACCGCAUGAACUCUCACAACCUAGCCGUCAUUCUCGGCCCAACCCUCAUGGGCACUGACCCAAGCACCGCCAUUACAGAUGCUGGCUGGCAGAUCAAAGUCAUCGAUACCAUCUUGGUCAACACAUACCAGAUUUUCGAUGAGGAUUAG